GUUUCCUAUCUCUGCUCCGCUGAUUUCCGUGGGACUCGGGUUCAGCCCUGGGUGCCUGGCGGCAGCUGCUGUUGUGUGGGCUGCAGGCCGCUGAGAGAAAAAUCUUCCCUAGAUUUGGGUCCUGCUGGCGUGGUGCCGGCAUUUGAAUGCCGAGGCUGGAUUUACUCCCUCUUCUAAGGCAAAGGAAGUUAAGUCCCCAGGUGUGAAUCUGUCAUAUUCUCCUCUUUAGCUAGGGAGGGUUGGAUGGAAUUGACUGAGAAGGUGCCUGUUGAGCAACUGGAGAGUAGUUUAUUCCUCUUGUCUCUCCUUCAUCCUCCAAAUCCCACUUGUUCCUUCUAGUGGCAGCUCAAGGCACUGAAUAUGAAGAGAAAUAGAUCUGGGUUAGAAAAGUGAAUGUGGCUGCAUUGGGAGUUUUUCCAGAUAGCCACUCCUGAAGACUAACUUUUAUAUUAUUCAUGAAAGCUUAGAUGCUGAAACAUUUACUGCACAGCAUCCCAUCCGACUGGGAUAGUUGUGUAGAAUUUCAGUGUGUGACAUAAGAUGGGGAAUAAGUAGGCUGUUCUGUACAAAUCAGUUUUUGCUACUGCUGGUUGGGAUAAGAAUUAAAGGACACCCAAGUUGAGAAAAUGAGAGUUAUACCAUCAUUUUACCUCUCCAAAUGCAAGUACUCUAGAAACAUAUACAAAUAGCAAAAAAAAGUUAUGAUUUUUGUGAAAGCAUUUUAGCUGAAGUCAGGGAUUGUGAAAAUAUUUUGAAGGUAGCUCAUUAAGAGGAGAAAUGUUAGGUUUUCUUCUGAGCAAAAUUUUACCAUACCAGCUUGCAGAUAGGACUUUGCUACACUUUAACAGAUGCAGUCAGUUUAAAAACCCCACUUUUUAAAAUGUCCUAAUCUACUAUAGUGUUAUAAAUAACACAGGAGAUUGGGGAAAGUGUUAUUUACAUUUUACUUUGUGUAUUUACUGUAUUUCUUGUAGAAUUCGUUUAAUAGUUUUCCCCUAUUGUGUGCAAGUGUGUGUGUGGGAGGGGGGGGAUCUGACAGCUAAAGGGGAGAAAAAUAUUUACAAUAAGAAAAUUCAAAUGUACAUGUAUUACUGGUAGGGGUAAAUAUAACAAAACUUUUUAACACUGACUAGAUGUCAAAUUGACUGUCCAUUUAAAACACUGUAUGGUAGUAAAAGGGUAUGUGACUUUGACCUUUAUUUCAUUGACAGUAGAAAGAUGUCUUUUCUUUGGAAAGAGUCUGUGGAAGUCAGUGAGUCUGAGUAGUGUGAGAGACUUUUACUAGUUACCUGGGCCAUGUCUUCUCUAGGGAUAAUUGUGAAGAAUUCCCUGCAGUUGUUAACAUUAAUUCAGUUUCUGCACCAAUCUAGUUAGACUUUGUGAUAGCAGGGUUAGAUGACAUAGUGCUGAAAACAGUGUCAGUAAUGGGCACCACAUCUUCACUAAAACUCUGAAAGUUGCUAAAUCCGAUUAAUCUGAACUGGUGUUGACAAUAAUGGGAAUUUUUUUCAAAAGGUUCUCUAGUGUCGACAGGGGCAUAGAGUGUGUGAUCUAGAACUUAGUAUAACUGUAUAGGAAGCCAGAACUAUUUCUGUUGUGUGGCUUGGGCAUGACAGUUACCCACUUUGACCUUGUAUGCUCGAUCUGGGACGGUUCCACAGAUUUGUCACCAAAAAGAAUGUCUCAGAUAUGGGAAUCUCCCUCACAUCCUCUGCAGUGAAGACUGAUACAAAGAAUUCAAUUAACUUAUCCGCAAUGGCCUUGUCUUCCUUUAGUGCUUCUUUAGCAUCUCAGUCAUCCAGUAGCUCCACUGAUUGUUUGGCUGGCUUCCUGUUUCUGAUGUGCUUAAAAUAUUUUACUAUUAGUUUUUGUUUUUUGCUAGUUGCUCUGCAGAUUCUUUUUUGGCCUGACUAAUUAUACUUUUACACUUGACUUGCCAGAGUUUAUGUUCAGUAACAGCUGUUUCACAGAGCAGUGAUUAAUGUGUUGUUUCCAUCAAUUGACCUUUUUUAUUUUAUAACCUCUUUAUUGUUAUCCUUUCCCAUUCAGAGCCACCUACAGUCAAUAAAGAAGAAAGUGUCUCUUAUGUGUCCCUCUUUUGAUGGCAGAGUUGUUAAAGGAGCAUCAAUUCACUCUGUUGGUGUUAAAAAUAUAUAUUUUUUUAUACUAUAGCUACAAAUCAGUGGUUUCUUCCUGCUGUUAGAGGAGAUAUUCCUCCAGGCUGUGCAGCCCAUGGAUUUGUCUGCGAUGGUACCAGAAUAUUAGUGUUCGGAGGAAUGGUUGAAUAUGGAAGAUACAGUAAUGAUUUAUAUGAAUUACAGGCAAGUCGAUGGCUGUGGAAAAAAGUAAAACCUCAGCCUCCAUCUAUUGGUUCACUACCUUGUCCUCGACUUGGCCACAGCUUUUCUUUAUAUGGUAACAAGUGUUAUUUAUUCGGUGGCCUGGCAAAUGAAAGUGAAGAUUCAAACAAUAACAUUCCCAGAUAUUUAAAUGAUUUCUAUGAACUGGAGCUGCAACAUGGUUCUGGAGUUGUAGGAUGGAGCAUUCCAAUGACCAAAGGGAUCUUGCCUUCUCCUCGAGAAUCCCACACAGCCAUUGUGUAUUGCAGAAAAGGUUUGGGAAAUCCAAAGAUGUAUAUUUUUGGAGGGAUGUGUGGCUGUCGACUUAAUGACCUUUGGGAGCUUGACAUAGAAACAAUGACCUGGUCAAGACCAGAAACUAAGGGGACGGUGCCACUUCCUCGCAGUCUCCAUACAGCCAAUGUAAUAGGAAACAAAAUGUAUGUUUUUGGUGGAUGGGUUCCACAGACAGUGGAGGAUGAGAUUUCUGCUCGUGAUGGUGAAUGGAAGUGUACCAGUUCAUUUUCUUAUCUAAAUUUGGAUACCACGGAAUGGAUAGGUCUAAUCUCAGAUUGUCAGGAAGACAAAAAGAACUUGUUACCCGGGCCAAGAGCUGGACACUGUGCUGUGGCAGUCGGCACUCGUCUGUACAUCUGGAGUGGUAGAGAUGGUUACAGAAAAGCUUGGAACAAUCAAGUUUGCUGCAAAGAUCUUUGGUAUUUAGAUACAGAGAAACCACCAGCACCAUCACAGGUACAGCUGAUCAGAGCUACAACUAAUUCUUUUCAAGUAAAAUGGGAUGAAGUUCCUACAGUUGAAGGAUAUCUUCUUCAGUUAAAUGCUGACUCCCCAGCGCCUACGGUGACUGGUGGAACUGUGGUUCCUGAGUCUGCACUGCUGAAUUCACAAGGAAUCAAGCUGGAUCUUCACAGCCAAACAAAUCACAUGGUUCCUAAUCAUGUACAAGUUAGAUCUAAUUCACUACUAAAACUAGAAGCUAAAGAAAAUAUAACUGAACCUGAAAACAUUGUUACACAAGAAGCUACAAAGAAAAACCAUCUAGAUUCUAGAGGAUUCAAAGAGUCAAAUGCCCCCUCGCUUUUGCCAGCGUGCACCUUAGGUCCUCAGACUUCAGCAAAUGUAGCUGAAUUACAUGACUUGGACAUACGAACUGUAAAUCCUGAUGCUUCUGUAUCCAGUACUGUCUCCAGCACACAAACUAUGGUAACCCAGCAGGCUGUUAAAACUGAGUCAUCAAGUACAAAUGGGGCAGUUGUUAAAGAUGAAACUUCACUAACAACAUUCAGUUCAAAAUCUGAAGUUGCUGAAACUACUUUUAUAAUGCCUUCAACCAAGGUCAGCACUGGUCACACAAAUAACUCGACUGUGCACUUAUCUAAAACUACUCCACUAAGGCAGAUGGCAACAGUGAAAACAAGAGAACGACAGUGGUACGAUGUAGGAAUUUUUAAAAGCAACAGUGCUUUGGUGAGCCAGUACUAUUUGUUGCCAGAAGAAAAAUUAAGCAUCUCCAACAAGGUGGAAAAUGCAGAUGUCCCAGACUACAGUUCACUUAAGAAACAGGAUCUCUUUCCAGGCACUGUGUACAGGUUCAGGGUUGCUGCAAUUAAUGGCUGUGGUGUCGGCCCUUUCAGUAAAGUCAGUGAAUUUAAAACCUGCAUUCCGGGUUUUCCUGGGGCACCUUCAACAGUCAGAAUCACCAAGGUGAGAGAGCUGAGUGUAGACUGUAUUCAUCUUUCAUGGGAGCCACCUGUUUCACUUUCUGGAAAUAUCUUGGAAUAUUCGGCUUACUUAGCUAUUCGUACCACACAAGUACAUGAAAACCCAAAUCAGCUUGUAUUUAUGAAAAUAUACUGUGGUCUUAAAACAUCAUGUAUAGUGACUGCUGCACAGCUUUCAAAUGCCCAUGUUGAUUACACCUCCAGACCUGCUAUAGUGUUCAGGAUUUCUGCAAAGAAUGAGAGAGGGUAUGGACCAGCCACGCAAGUUCGAUGGCUUCAAGAAAUGAAAACAUCAAGUUCAAAAUAGAAGCACCAUAAUAAAAUUCAAGUUAUGAAUGUAGUGUUUAACAUUUGUAAUAUUUUGUAAAUGCUCCAAAUAUUUUAUUUUUGCAUUGUUUUUAUCUUAAAUUUAUACGAACACUUUUUUUUAUAUUUUAAACAUCAGCAUUAUGCAGCCUUGCUCAGGUUGAACUACCAUAUAUGGAAAUUCUUAUAGUGAAGAUAAAUAAUUAGAUACUGAUUAUCUUCUAUCAACAACCAUUUUAAUAAUUAACGUUUUAACAAUCACUGCCUUUUAAAUCUGAAAUUGACUCUUGAAGCAGAAUUUAAAUUUGUUACAAUUGCUGGUGUACAAGAUUAUCCGCCACUUGUGCCAGUUUUAAAAGAUUUCGUAGAGAUUGCCCGUGUUGAAAUGUCAUUGCACAGAUAACUUUGUAAAGCCUCAUGAUCUCUGUUCGGUUGAAGUUCUUAUACCACAUUCAUCACUGUGGUAUCUGAGUGCAAGGUGAACAUUUCCAUUUAUUAUGGUAUCUUAAAAUGUAUAGAAUAUUUUAAUAUAUAUACUUUUUGUAAAGAAAUGAUUUUUCUACUAUUUGUAACACAUAUUUUAAUCUUUAAAGGCAUUCCCUGAAGAUAUGCAAAUACUAGGAAACUUAGUCACUUCUGUUAUGAAAAAUAUAAAUGUAAUGUAAAUGCACUACUAUUAGUUGGGAUUAUCCUUUUGAAGUUGUACAAAUCUUAAAUCUGUAAAUAUUCUUAAUGUUUACAAAGAGACCUCUCUGGUCUACUAUUAAACCCUUCAUGAGGAUUCAUCCAUUUUUUUUAAACCCAUAUGCUUUGCUUCCAGCAUAUGCUUGCUUUUUGCACUAAUAAGAAUUUAAUGUACCUCAUUCUUAUGUUUGUAAUCGCUUGUGUUGCUUCCAUAACAUUUCUGUAAUAUUUUAGUCUAAAAAUUUAACCAAAGUUAAAAUACAUGGUAAGCAGUUUUGCACAUAUUAUAUGCUAAUUCUUAUGACAUAUUUAUUCCAGUUAGUCUUCAUAACUGCUUGAUUGGUAAAAUAUACAGGUAAAGCAAUCAGUUCAAUACUCCCAUUUACCUGUCAGUCAUUUUUCAUUAAUUAGAUAGCUAUUUAGCUCAAAAAGCACUGCUGUUAGGAAUAGGUUGAUCCAUUCCUGUGCUAAAGAAAAUAGAACAAAUGUAAACAUUUCAAUGCUAUUUAUUUUUAAAAAAUCAUUUGUUUACCAAAGUGUAGAGUAAAAUGGCUGAAUUGUGUGAGGCCACUAGGUGAAUAGAUUUUGAGGCAACUAAUAAUAAUUUUUAUUAAAUGAGUUACUGCACAUGUGCAAUGAAGUUUAUACUUUGCACUUUAAAUUUUUCCUUCGAUGCCAAAAGAAUAUACAUCAAGAUGGAAUUACUUGCCUUUUUCCCUUACAUUUAUGUUAAGAACAUGCACUGUAAAUAUGUAAUCUUAAAAAUUAAGAAUAGACUUGCCUGUUUAUUUUGUUUUGGUUUUUAAUGGGGGCAUAGAUAUUUGGUAAGAUUCUCAAGAAAAGAUUGGCUAAUCCAAAUAUGCUGAAGUAAAUUUUAUGGCCAAACUUUAGACUUCUAAAAGUCAGGGUUUAUAAUGGAAGUGCUGAUACAGCCUUAACACAGCCACAAUCUGUGAUGCCAUGUAAAAGCACUGGGGACUUUACAAAUCUUCAUUGUAGAAUUGAUUGUGACACAGGAGUGUAGUUUAAAUAGUUCUACUCAUAACAAUAGAAAACCUGACAAGAAAAAAACUUGUGCAUAUAGUGUUGAUUUCAACAGAUUCAUUUGAAGCUGAGUAUUCACAUCAUGAAUUUUUAUAUAGGGUUUUUUCCUGCAGACAAAGUUAAAUGGGCUUAAAAACAUUAGUAUAAUGGUCUACUUUAUCAGUUAUGACCUUGACACUACCCAGUAACUAAAAUCUCCACUUACACGCAGGCUGUAACUAGAAAAGUAUAACUUUGCUUUUCUUAUUAGUACUGUGAAAGAUGCCUUUAGAAAACAUUUGUUGGUUGGUAGCUGUGAUUGUACUGAUAUUAUUUAAGAAUAAAAUCUGUUGGGUACGUCCAUGGAUGGAGUUUUUGCACUUGGUUUCAUAUACUUUGCACAUUUUAUUUUUUUAAAGGGUGUGUCACGUUGACCAAAGGUAAAACUGUGGUGUUUUCAAUCAAAGUACGAUUUCUGUGUAAGUGUACUUACAGCUGGCUUUAUGUAAGUUUUCACUCUCUUCCGUUAUCCCAGUUGGGUAAUGUUUGAAUAGUGAACAUAUGCAAAUCUCCUGUUCCGUGCUUUGCAGUUUUACUUUAAAAUUAAAUUACGUUAUACACUGUGAAAAUGCACAUUGAGGUCUGCUUCUCAGAACUGUACUUGCAAAAUGUCUAAAUCCCACCUAAGUUUCAUCUUAGAGAAACAUUUUAUUUGUUUAUAAACUAGAUAUUGGACAAAUAUACUGAGAUGUCUGUUCCAGUUUUUAAAUUUAUUUGAAAUACAAUUGAAAUUAGCUGUUUGAGAAACUGCAUCAGAAGUCCUCAUUAUUCCAUAUUUGUCAUUGUUAAAAUACAUGUAAACAAAACACCCACAUUGAUCAGAAUACAGUAUCAGAUUUGUAGAAAUUUCAAGGGGUUUGGUAGACUUUUCAUGAAAGUUCUGACUAUAUAAGUAGAAAAGUCAUGCUAGUUGUAGCAGAUAUUGCAACAACUUAAGAAUGUUUUUGUGAAAUUUGAAAUAAAAUGAACGAGAACCAACAUUUUGUGUUUUAAAGUAAUUAUAGCAAUAUCUUCUAAUAUAGUUUGAAGUAGAGCACAUGAUGACCAAGCCAGAAACUUUGGAGAUAUAGUUAACGAUACUAUUGUUAACUGGUAUUUCAGGGUGGUUGAUUUGAGGUGGUUAUAGUUUUAUGGCUUGUUACUUCAAUGAUCUCUAUAAAGAAAAUUGACGUUUUGUACAAUGAAAAAAUAAUUGAAUAUAUCUUAUUUCAAAGCAUUGUUUAUUCUUUGUAAUAAAGUGGUUGUCCUAUAAAA